AUGGAUAAGCUGAUUGAAGAACUUCGUGUUGCUUUUGCUACUGAUGAUGUUGUAAUCGAGGAUGUUGAGAAAAUUCUCGGCUCAUACAAGAGCAACAUCUCUGACUGGGGGAAAUUUGCCCAUUUUGACGAUAGACAUUAUACCAGAAAUCUUGUUGAUACUGGUAAUGGUAAAUAUAAUCUCAUUGUUCUUUGUUGGGGGCCUGGAAUGUGUACAAACAUCCAUGACCAUUCAGGAUCUCACUGUUUCGUCAAAAUGCUACAAGGAUCUCUUCUAGAGUCCAGAUUUGCCUUCCCUGAGAGUUCAGAACAUAUUGGACCUCUGAACAGAACUGGAGAAGUCCAAGUUGAUGUUGAUGAAGUGACAUAUAUGAGCGAUCAACUCGGUCUUCAUCGUAUGGAAAAUCCAAGUCAUUCGGAAAAUGCUGUUAGUCUUCAUGUUUAUUCCCCUGCCUAUGAAGAAUGUCAUUUAUUCGAUCAAAGAACAAGUCAGAAACAUGCCUCGAAAGUCACAUUCUGGUCAAAGUACGGAAAAAGAGAACAUAAUGACUUACUUUUCGACUCCAUACGUAAUGGACGGUCUGCCUAA